UUUAUUGCAUUUUAGAAAAAGGUGUUGAAGCUUGUAAAGAAAUUAUAUUGAGUGCAAAUUCUCAUGAUGGUCCUAUGAAACUUUCUAUUCCAUUGGAUCCUGUAAUUUUGCAGGGAUCAAAAAUGCAUACACUUGCAGCCAGAAAACUUAUUCAAGACCUUGAAGAUGGAACUUCAUUUAUUCAUAAGCAUCCAAGAAAUAAGGAGAAAAAUAUACCAAACUCACUUAUUCGUGAACAAAUUAUAAAAUUAGAUAAUAAGUUAAUAGCUGAGGCCAAAAGUUUACCAGCCCAAAGAAUAGUUCCAGUUAUUGCUGAUUCUUUAAUUCGUUCUCAUUCAAUUCCUAUGUCAAAAAGUAAA